AUGGUAGAACCAACAGAAAAGGAAAUGGCCAAAAGCAUACAAUGCCUCUACAAAGAGAGAUACCCGGAACUCAUAGAGUGCACGGAAGACUACGAGACCUUGGAACGAAAUUGCACGAUCAAAUCGCAAAACAAAACAAUCACAAGUAGGAUAAUCAAAAUAUUACACGUAGGGAUGGAAGAAGAAAUAUGGAAGAAACUACAAAGACUUAAAGAGGUUGUAAAAGGGUAG